AUGUGUGCCAAGAAACAGAAACUUUGCAAAGAAGCGACUGUCAAUACAAAAACGGAAUGGCAAAUAAAGACAAGCCGGAAACAGCACCUAAAGGAAUACAAACAAAAGCAAAGAACAAAUAAGGAAUACAAGAUAAAUGAGAAAUUGUAUGAUAAAAACAGACGAGAAACCAAAAGAAGCAUAUCACAAAUCAGAGAGCAAGAACAAGUGUUCGAUAGACGGAGGAAAGAAUUCAAAAGAAGUUUUCGGGAAAUCAAGAAACGUGAAGCUUGUGUCAAGGCCAAAUCUCGAUCGAAACCAGACAUAAAACAGCAAGAACAAACAUCAGAUAGACAGAGGAAAGAGAUCAAAAGAAGUUUUCCAGAAAUCAAGAAACGUGAAGCCUAUGUCGAGGCCAAAUCUCGAUCAAAACCAGACAUAAAACAGCAAGAACAAACAUCAGAUAGACAGAGGAAAGAGAUCAAAAGAAGUUUUCCAGAAAUCAAGAAACGUGAAGCCUAUGUCAAGGCCAAAUCUCGAUCAAAACCAGGCAUAAAACAAAAAGAACAAACAUCGGAUAGAAAGAGAAAAGAGCUUAAAAGAAGCGUAUAA